CACCCAGCCACCAGUGAGUGUUAUUCAUUGCACGGGGUGUCACAUUCAAGCUUGAAUCCCUCUGGAUUUGUGCUCAUUUCAACAACUGCACCAAAACUAAAUCCUACGUCUAGACUUUGCCACAGGGGGUUUUUUACAACCUGGACUCUUCAGAGGUAUAAAACAAAAUUGGAUUUCCCUCAACAGAUUCAUAAUGUGUACAGGGAAAUGUGCAAAGUGUACCGGGAACCUGUUGUUCCCCCUGGGGCUGUGUGCCAUCGUUGCCAAUAUCCUCCUGUUUUUCCCAAACGGGGAAGUUUUGGACAAAGAGCAAAUUACUGGCUAUGUGUGGUUGUUUCAUGGGAUUGUUGGUGGAGGUAUACUGGUCUUCCUUCCAGCUCUAAUGAUGAAGGCAGCCGGGGGGGAGGGCUGUUGUGCCAACAGGUGUGGGAUGAUGGUGUCUAUGGUGAUGUCAGUGCUGGGCGUGGCUGGGGCACUGUACUGCAUGAUCAUCUCAGCACUGGGCCUGAGGGAUGGCCCCCUCUGCGACACCAACAACGGUACUUUCGAGUACCCUUUUCUCAACCAGACACAGGAAGAGAGUUACUUGUUCAACCACUCCACGUGGUCAGAAUGUGUUAAACCUCAGAACGUAGUCCUGUGGAACAUCACCCUCUUCUCCAUCCUGCUGGCUCUGGGAACAUUGGAGGCCCUGCUCUGCCUCUCCCAGGUCCUCAACAGUCUGUUUGGGUGCCUGUGUGGGACCUGCAUGAGGAAGAGACAGACAGGGGUCGCCUAAGAGCAGAACCUAGACACUCCACUCCACAUCUCAUGGACACCUGAUCUUUCGUUGCCAGCUAUCACCCACAGAGACGACAUUUCACUUUCCUCUUUUCUUUGCAGAGAUUAUACUCUUAUCGUAAUAAGUUUAUAAGGACUGUGUUUUGAUUCUUUAAGAAUAACAUGAGCUAGAUUACAUAUAUUACAGAUAUUAACAAAUGAAUGAUAUUUUAUACACACCGUCUGAAUUUUGCCAUGUUUUAGCAUUUUCCAAUUUUUGUAUUUAGACUAUCAAGACUAUCUAUACUGCCAGCACAAUUAAAAAUAAUUAUGGUUCUUUACACGUUUGUGUUUGAGUGUACAGUUCAUCCUUUGCACCAACAUGUGCUACUGUCCUAAAAUGAAUAA